CUGACUACCUGAAUACACAGGUAAAAUGUAUUGAAACUGCUUUAACUACACACGUAUCGGAUUUUCUUUUUGCCGCAUGAAUAUUUAAGUGUGCUACGUAAAACGCUAUUAUCUAUUGUCAAUCAGGAACAGAAAUGUCCGGUUUAUAGACAUGGAUAUAUUCUGUAGGAAUUAAAACAGCGUUACUUGAAGAAGGUCGUGAAGACUUUCCUGAUAUUGGAGAGAUCGCUGAAAAUAGUGCAGCGGUUGCUGGGACGUAAUGUCUUUUGACAGAUAAUGUUAAAUCCAUCCAUUCUCGUAAAAAUCGAAAUCCACAAUGAAAGCACCGGUGGAGUUGCACCGUCCAACCAUCUUAAAUAUCAUCGCCAUUGUUAGCUAUUGCCUAGCAACAUUAUUCCAUAUAAUCGCUUACGCCACAGACAACUGGGCCUCACUACUGCUAGACGGGGUGCGCUGGAGGAUGGGUUUGUGGCAGGGGUGUAAGGAAUUGGAAGAUGGGUCGGAAUAUUGUACAACAGAUGUUUUUGAAGAUAAGGCAUUUCAAUCGGGUAUGAGCAGUGAUUGGCACCUAGGGGCACGUGUUAUGAUGACGUUAGCACUAAUUAUCCUGUUUGUCCUAGAGUUUACUCUCAUUGGCUACGCCUGCAUCAAAAACCUAGAAAAAUACAAGAGCCAGCUAGUAGGGUCAACUAUUGCUCUAUCGUUAUCUGCAGCAUUUUCGCACUUUCUAGUACUGAUCAUGUAUGGAACUGAGGUCGAAAAGAUUCCUGACUCACAGAUCAAAGCAUCGUACGGAAUAGUGAUUAUUUGUCUUAUAAUAGAAGUGUUCCUUCCAUGUUUUGUUUACGUCGAUAAAAACUUGAGGUAUCCUUCUGGCAACACAUUUUUAAUUCCAAAAAGAUUCAUCAACACACAUGCAUCCAACAAUUUAACAGCGAGGCAAAAACAUGAGGAUCCGAGUCCGCUAUUUACAAUUGAUAGAGCCUCGGUUUCGCUCAGAACAUCGACUACGUCAUUAACGGAAGCGGAAACAUUUAAAAGAUUUGCGUCAGAUGAAGUUCCCGACCCAUCACUGGUUUCAUUGGGAAGUAUUAACUCUAUAAAUACACGAUCUACAUUUAUCACCGGCACCUCACAAUCUGCGGAUAGGUCCUCCAUAGAAAGUGGAGUAUAAGAGGCCAAUAAGUGCUUUGUACAAAAUCUCGUCUGCUUUUGUCUUAUUUUUUAUUUUUUACUAUUUCUUGAAUGUAUCAAACUUUUGUGAUUGUCUGAUGUUUUCGUCCGUCGUUAACCACAUACAUGCACGUAAUGCAAAAGAACUGGGUAUAUUUUAACAAAACUUAAGAAAAACAAUCCAGUGUGAUACAUAAAUAGGUCAUAGUAGUUUAACAUAAUUUAUUAUCUUUAAAUGAAAUCUACAAAUAAAGAACUUGUCAGCGACUACAAAAUACUUAACUAAGAGAUUUUGUUUGUUUUAUUGCCUAGUGAUUUUCCCUUCAAAUGUUAUGCAAAUUAUGUCCUUGUUUUUUUAAAUGAGCCAAUCCCUUAAUUACAUGUCUCCCUAAAUAGUUUUGGAUAUGUAGCAUUGAAUAGGCAUUUUUGUUAAAGUAAUAUACAUUUAUAUAUGAUCUGCUCAACCAUGUUGGUCACUUGGUACAUGCACAUGUAUAUAUACACGUAUAUUCUCGCUGUAUCUCUCUAAAACUUGAAAUAUAGCAUUUUAAGCGAACAUUUAAAAACAAGUCUAGAUUCUAAUAAGUAAUUAUGUCCUAGGUAAAAAGAGUAUCCCAGUGGUCACUUUUAGUAUAUAACUUAUAAUAUAGAAUUCUUCUUCCUUUGUUACAGGCAGCUGUUAGAAAAAAGGUUAAUAAAAAAUUGCCUCUUGGGAUAUUUGAUGACCACAACUUUCAAACUUUUUACUUACUUUAUAAUUAUCUGCUCAAAUGAGUAAUACACAUAUAUUAUGUGCUUCUUUUAGGUUAUUCAAUAGUAAUAUAAAUACGCUUUUAACAACACCGUUUGCCUCAUAUAUACAUAUAAGGAAAACAAAUUCAACAAUUAUGUUAAGUUUCCGAAUUUACAUGUAUAUUUGUUCGUGUUCUUUAGGAUAUGCAAGUUUACAACCCGUUUGCCUUAGAAAUGAUUUUUUUUUAUAUGUACUUUUCCAGUUUCCAAAAAUGUAACUCAUAGUCCAUUUACAUGAACUUUUUCUUUUUCUUCUGUUGCUUUUUAGCAUUUAAGACAGUUAUAUAGUAAUUUAGUAUUUUGUAUUUUUACGUUUUAAAACUCAUAUGUGCUAUUUCAAGAGGAGUAAAAAAAAUUCGUUUCUGAAGCAUAAUGUGCCUACUGUUCUAAAGAGAUUUUGGCACGAUAUAUGGCAAAGUUAUAAACGCUUGUACGCUUAUAUCAAGCAAACCACCGUUUUUUCUCGGCCAUAAUACAUCAGUAGUCUUUAUACUGCAUAGCGUCUCUCUUUUAGCAGCCAUAUUUAUAGAUGAUAAAGAUUCGUAUUUUUGAUUUUAUAAAUGAAGUGAGACAUUGUAUAUCAAGUUUUUCUGCUUGUUUUUUUAUCAAGCAAAGGAGCAAAUUUAUAUAUUUAGUGUGUGUUAAAUUAAUACAUGACAUAAUAAUAGUUUGUUAAUGAAACUGGAAGCUAAAACUUGAGAUUUGUUUUUGUGGGUUUUUUUUGUUUGUUUGUUUUUUAUUUGGUUGUUUUUUUUAUUGUGUAUUUGUUGUGCCAUAGUUUUGUUCCCGUGUAUUACGCAUUUCAAAUUGGAAUAGGUGCACGUGUAUUCGUUUAUUAUAUACUUAUAAAUGAAUAUUUUGAAAUGUUGAUGAAAUAAAAUGCGUA